CACUGCUCUCGGAAGUCGUUAAGUUUACUUUGAAAAUUUGUUUCGAAAUUCAGUAAGAUGCAAGAGCAGAAGAAGAUAGCUGCUGCCAACCAUCCGCUAGAGAUUGAGGACUCGAGUACCAGCCAAGUGCCAGUGGAAACUUCCACCACAAUGGGCUCUACAGCUCAAGUCCGAGCUCUGCUUGUUGGUGCUUUGAAUGGAGUCCUGGGCUCGUCCAGUCCGUCAGCCCAUAAUUUACUUGAAUCACUUCUUCAAGAGCUUGACGGCAGUACCCCUAGAACGAGGGAGAGUCCAUCAACCAUUGCAAUGGAAAAUCUCUCAGAGAUAGGGGACCGUCCAUCGUAUACUGUGCAGAGUCCUGUUUCUGCGACAUCUUUGGAUGGAUCGAUAAGAACUGAUUGGGAGACUGCCGAUUUGUCAUCCUUCAGUUGCGAUGUAGGGACUUCAACUCAAACGAAAACUUGUGGCUGUGGUACUCAAACAACAGUAUCGCUGGAAUUGGUUAGCAAUCUACUCAUUACGACAUCUUCCAGUUUUGGUGACUUUUUAACUAUUGAAUCGCCAUCCCUAAAUGAAUUCAAAGAACAGGACUCGACUGGUGACUCCCACAGUAACUCAAGAUUGUCGUUGAGAGGUGAUGAGGUGGAAGCCAGUAAUAAUCCUACCGUGUGGAAAAAGAGAAGCGAGAGUCCAUCCCUAACUGAAGUCAAAGAACAGGACUCGACUGGUGGCUCCCACAGUAACUCAAGAUUGUCGUUGAGAGUUGAUGAGGUGGAAGCCAGUAAUAAUCCUAUUGUCUGCGAAAGGAGAAGCGAGAGCCCAUCCGUUGACACGCACAUUGAUGACGAUUGGACCCUGAAUCUGCUUCCAAAUUCACCAGGAUUAACAAAAAUUGAUUUGGGGUCAACCAGUACCAUCUCCCGUUGCUGCGAUGGAGAAACAUUGGAAAUGGAUCCAUCUUGCGCGAAGUCCUCCAGCUUUGUUCUAAAGAUUUCAACUGGAUUGGAAAAUUCCAAGGUGGUGUCUAAAGAGAUUAAAGCUCUCGGUACGGCACUGGAAGUGCUUGAAGUGGUGGAAGUGGAUGCACUCGAGGACGACGCCAUCUUUGAUCUGAGGCCUGAGGGGCCGAGCCGCCGAGCCAUAAGCGUGGUGGCCUGA